AUGGAGGUCUACAUCGACGACAUGCUGGUCAAGUCUCUGGAAGCAGAAGACCACAUAUCUCACCUACAGCAAGUCUUCUCCACCCUUAGGAAGUAUAACAUGAAGCUCAACCCGGCUAAAUGCUCAUUCGGGUCAGUUCUGGCAAGUUCCUCAGUCUUCGAACACACCGUGAGCGCCGUCCUAGUCCGCGAGAAGGGAAACAAGCAGCUACCAAUCUAUUACGUAAGCAAGGCUCUCCUGGAUGCGGAAAUCCGCAAUAGCCAUAUAGAGAAGCUGGCCAUAGCCUUGAUAGUCGCUCGCAAGAUCCGACUUUACUUCCAGGCUCAUCCAAUCGUGGUUGUUACCUCCUUCCCUGUAAAGUUUGUCCUCCAUAAACCCAAAGUCUCCGGACGCCUAGCCAAAUGGGCUGUGGAACUAGGGGAGUACGAUGUAAUAUUUCGACCCGCCACGGCCAUAAAGUCACAGGUCCUAGCAGACUUCGUGGCGGAAUUCUCCCCUACCUUGUUCCCAGCUUUGGAGCAGGAGGUACGCCUCCGAGGUGAAGCUAAGGAAGAGGAAGAAUGGAUCCUGCACGUUGAUGGAAACAGUAACGUCGGAGGAGCUGGAGUGGGGAUAGUGCUUACCUCGCCAACGGGGAACACGGCCUCAAGGGCCGUAAGAUGCAACUUCAAAGCAACAAAAAACAAAAGCGAGUAUGAAGCCCUAAUCGCAGGUCUAACUCUCACCCACCAAAUGGGGGCAGAGAGCAUCCAGGUCUUCGGCGACUCCCAGCUGAUAAUCAACCAGGUACAAGGAGAGUACCAAGCAAAAGACGACAGCAUGAUCCAAUAUCUGGCGGUCACCCAGCGACUAAUCAAGAAAUUCAAGAGCUGUAAGCUCACUCAAAUCCCCCGGGAAGAAAACGCGCAAGCCGAUGCCUUAGCUAAUCUGGGGUCCGCCCUCGAAAUGAAUAGCCCCUUGCUUGUGCUUCAAUGGCCAGCCACUCUGGAGGAACCCUCGUCAGAGGAGGUCUCUGUCGUCGAAGAAGGCGGAACAUGGAUGACCACCUUAGUCUGGUACCUAGAGGCCGACAUCCUCCCGGAAGAUCGCAACGAGGCCAGCAAGAUCAAUAAGCUAGCCGCGAGGUACUGUAUCUCCCAGGAGAAGCUGUACCGGAGAUCCUUCUCUGGCCCGUACCUGAGGUGUGUCACACCCCGAGAAGCCGCUAGAAUCCUUGUAGAAUUACAUGAAGGAAAUUGUGGAUCCCACUCUAGCUACAGAAGCCUGGUGCUCAGAGCCAGAAGGGCAGGUUACUAG